AUGGCGUCCCAGGCAAUGGAGUGCCACCGUGCUAGUGCAGAGGUCUUCACCGGAGACGCCACGUGCAGGAAGAAGUCCGUGGAGCUGCUGGAGGAGCUCGGCCUCCCCAAGGGCCUCCUUCCACUGGAGGACAUCCAGGAGUUCGGGUACAACCGCGACUCGGGCUUCAUUUGGCUGGUGCAGGGAAAGAAGGUGGAGCACACCUUCAAGAAAAUCAUGCAGAAGGUGUCGUACGACACCGAGGUCACGGCGUUCAUCGAGAAUAGCAAGCUGAGGAAGGUCACUGGCAUCAAGACGAACGCGAUGAUGCUGUGGAUUAGCAUCAAUGAGGUGUUCGUCCCAGAGGCCUUGCCGGAGAAGGUCACCUUCAAGUCCGGCAACGGCCUCUCCAGGACCUUCGAUGCCGCUGCCUUUGCGCUUGGGGAAUGA